UAGAAAAUAAAUGACCCUGAUUAGAACCGGAAGCAAUAUUUUUCACUUUUUAUGAUUUCAAUUUUAGCAUUUUCAUCUGCAUUUAAUGGAAAAGAAUGGAAUAGGCCUAACAGGCGAUUUCAAUAAUAUGCAACCAUUUUGAACGCAGUUAUGAAACAAUGCACAUAUUAUUUUACAACUGACCUGUAAGAUUGUGACAUGUCUGGAGAAUACAGUUACCAGGUUCUAAAAGUGUGUGUUGCACAAAUCUGUCAGAAUCUAGGUUGGAAUUCGACACAAUCAACACCACUAGAACUUUUGACAGAUAUUCUAGAACGCUACCUGGUGCAAGUGGGGAAAGUAACUCACAGAUAUGCUGAACAAUUUGGAAGAACAGAACCCAAUAUAGAUGACAUAGGUUUAGCCUUCCGUCAUUUGAAUGUCAGUCCGAGUGAGUUAGGAGAAUACAUUAAGAAUGCAGAUCCUUUACCAUACGCUCAUGAUGUGGUGGCAUUUCCUGUUCCAAAGAAACCUAAUCUACAAUUCCCUAAACCAGACUGUAGAGAGGUGUUCACAAGGGAUGAAUCUAUACCAGAGUAUAUGCCACUCAUGCAUCCGGAACUGGAAGAGGAAGAGUCUGUGUCUACUGAACCCAGUACAGAUACAAGAGUAACAGGAUUAUUACCAGUUCCAAUAUUGAAUCAGAUAUCAACAAGUCCAGUAGAUGGCACUGUAGUAGACAAACAUGCUAGCACACCACCAGAUGGACCUCCAUUUAAAAGAAGACGGUUAGACAGUGGUGCUCUUCCUGAAGACGCUGGGCCAUCAUUAUAUGAAAUGAAAAGUGUGAUUAUAUCUACGUCAGGAGAUCAUACACCAACUCAUGGCAAAGCUGGUAAACUUCCGGAUCCAAGAACACCACCUCAGGGAUAUCCUAAAAAGGCUAAAGAAUCACCCAAACCAUCCCCUAUCAAACAGUCAAAGAAAUCAGCAGCAAAAGAAAAGUCAGAUUCAAAUAAAGAAAAAAUUGAAAGAGAUCUAUUUUCUGAAACUGUGUUUGUGCCAAGUUCUUCCAAAUCUGAUUCAAAAGAUGUACACACAGAAAUAGUAAGACCGAAAUCCACUGUAGUAUCACCACCAGGUUAUGGGCCUAGAUCUAAAUCUCCUGGUCAGGCCAAAAGUCCUAAAGGCCCUGGACGACCACCAGGUAGACCUCCAAAAAGUCCAGGGAGACCACCUUUAAAGAAAAGUCCAGGUAGACCUCCCAUGCAGAGAAGUCCUGGUAGACCUCCUUUAUCUAGAAGCCCAGGUAGAUCACCCUUCCAAAGAAGUCCAGGAAGACCACCUUUACAUAGGAGUCCAAGUCGACCUCAAUCUGGAAGAAGUCCUGGCCGUCCACCAAAAAGUCCUAGAGGCAGACCCAGAGGAUUUAUUCCUGUGGUGGUUAAACCUAAUCGUCCAGCAGAUAUAGAAACAAUUGAGAGAAAUAUAUUAGAAAGAAUGUCACCAAAUUCACAAAUCUCAAACGAAGAUAUUAAAGAUGUUGUUUCAACACCAACAACUGAACAGCCAAUUGAUUUGUCUCUGUCUGGAAAAUCUACAGAAUCAUCUGUCAGUGAGGUUGUUGUUAAGACUGAAGAAAAUGAAGAAAAUUCACAAGAUGGGUCUUCUAAACUUGUAAUCGUAGAACAGUCUCACAGGCCACGUGGAAGACCACCCAUCAGUCCAGAAAAGAAAAUGGCAAGAUUAGCUGCCAUUGAUGACAUUAUUGAUUCAGUUAUUGCAAAAUCAUCUAAAAAUGAAGAAACCAUCGAGGAUAAGAAACCAGUCCCUCAUUUUGCUAAUUCUGAUGAUGAAAAUAAAAUUGAAUCGAAAGAUAAAAAAACAAUAUUCGAUGACGGAGAAUCAUUUGAUGCUUAUGUCACAAAUGUUAAUUUGGAUGACAUGCAGACUGAGGUCGUAUCAGAGGUCACUAUUAAAACUGAGGCACCUGAGGGGAAGGAUGAUGUUAAUAAUAUCACUUUACCAACUGGGGAGAAAAUACCACCGCUACCACCACCACUGCUUACAUCACCACCUAUAAAAAGACCAAAAGGACGUCCAAAGGGUUCGGGAAAAAAGAAAUUAACAACACCAGUUAAGGAAAAGUCGAAGCUAAAACAAACUGUUCUGUCUGAAACUAUAAGUCAGGUAAAUAUUUUUGAAAACAAAUCACCAGAAAUCAAAAGUCCUGAAAAGAAGCCAAUGGAUCCAUGGAUGGCAGCUAUGUCAGCGGCAGGUCUGUCUGUAUCAGUACGGCCACCUGAACCAGAGGAAGAUACAAUGCCUGCAACUCAAGAUACAGACGUGUCAGAGACAGUGGAGGUAGAAAAUGUCACUAUUGAAGUAGGGAAUGAAACAGUAGAAGUUAAGACAGAGCCAAGUGAAAUCAGAAAUGAACCAGUUGUUAUUAAAACAGAACCUAUGGAAACAGUUAAAGAUGAUAGCAAAGUAAAGGGAAAAUCAGAGAAAUCUGAAAAAUCUGAAAAAUCAAAGGAACACAAGAAGAAGAAAGAAAAGAAAAAGAAAAACAAGAACAAAGACAGGGACAAGGAAAAAAGUAAAAAGGACAAAGGUCGUGAGACGUAUUUCCCAACCAAGUUGAAGAUAAAAUUUGGUGGUGCAUCAAAUAAAUGUGAAAGUACUCGUGUGAUAAUGUCUCCUCGAACAGAGUCAUCACCUAGUGAAUCUCCUAGACAAGAAGGCCUUAAACUAGUAAUAAAGAAGACCACACCACAGAUCUCUGAAACCAAACCAGCAUCACCCUCUGUAACAUCAGUAAAGAAAGAGCCAAAAACUAAAGAAAUAAAGAAAGAGCCUAAACCAGGACUUGUGAUAGAGGAGGACCCCCCUAUUCUCACACCAGAACCUCCAAAAACAGCUACUCCUCCACCUCCUGUUCUUAGGGUGCCAUCGCCUGUUCCUCGUAAAAAUCCUAGUAAACUUUCUAUUCCAGAGCUACCUCGAGGUGUUGUUCCAUCCCCACCCCCACCAAAUCUGUCACAGCCAUCUACAUCCAGUGUACCAAGAAAACGUGAACCUGAAGCUAAAAAAUUUCCUUCCCCUGCCCCCACAGAAAUUAAGACAUCCCCGGUGCAAACCACAUCUACACCUCCAUCAUCACCUCCUCAUCGUCCAGAAUCACCGGUGGAGCACGUCAAUUCUCCUCAUAGUGACACACCAUCUACCAGUCCAUACCAUUCUCCAUCUCCUUCUCCAGGUCCCUCUAACCCCAGAGAGAAGUUUGAAUUGCCUCCUAUGCCCCCACCCUCUAUAGUUCCUCCCCCUCUUCCUCCUCCAUCCAAGCCAUCAUCAGUACAGAGAACAGUAGUAGCAGAAACCAUUGGAACCUUCAUAGUGUCAGAAGAUCAUGUCAUUGAGUCAAGACAUGACAACACAGCCAAGCUUACUGUCACCAAGCUUAAGGAUGCCACUGGACAGAAAGUAUGGAUUUGUCCGACAUGUAAGAUGCCAGAUGAUGGAAGUCCUAUGAUUGGUUGUGAUAUAUGUGAUGAUUGGUAUCAUUGGGUAUGUGUUGGUAUUAAGGAGGACCCUCCAGAAGACCAGUCAUGGUAUUGUACAAAGUGUAUGGCGCCAAAGAAACAAUCAAAGAGAGGCAGGAAGAAAGGCAGUGGGGCUGGAAGAGGAAGGGGAAAGAAACCUGCCUGAUGCAAUAGUUGUUACAAUUGGGUUAAA